AUGACCCCGCCUGAAUUUGAUGCACUGGUGAAGCGGCUCAUCGCUCUCCAAACUCCAAAGGUAGUGGUGCUUCUGGUUCUCCUUGUUUGGUGGCUUGAUCUACCAAAAGAAGAAGAGAGCCCUUAUCAGGUGCUAGAAUUCUUCUCCGGUGUUGGGCGCAUUGCUGCCCUAUCCAAGCUUGGCGGCCUUCGAUCCGCGGCUGUGGAUAUUGUCAAUGGGGAGGAGGUUUUGGAUGCCUCGACCAAAGACCUGUUUGACAGUGACACUCUUGUGGCUGUGCAAGACCCAUAUGGUGAGAUUAUAGCAUAUGAGGAUGCCUUUGUCAAGACCUGCCGCAAGAAGGCCCAGUUGAUAUCGGAGGAUGACUUGUUCGUGGAUGGCCAGUUCAUGUCAGAACAAGACAUGAUUGAUGAGGGCUUCAAAGAGCCACGUAUCGCUGGGAUCAAAGCUGAAUGUGCUCAACAUGCAGGUUCGAUCCGGCAACAGGAUGAGUUCACUUCCCUCUUCAAAGAAGCCCGGAAGUGGCUAGAACUGAGAGAACACGAAAAGACAUUCUGUCCUUUGAGCUCCCAAGCCAAAGCUCCAGCUGUGUCUUUGGCCCAGCAUGCUGAUGCCCUGCAGGAAGAGUUGGAGGAUCAUGAGCCCUUGCCCUUGUCCACCACUGGUGUGCUGGGGUGUCAACACAAGAAUUCCUCCAGGCAGUACAAACGAGUAGUAGCCAGGAAAAUUCCGACAUCGUACCACCAGUUCGAGGAGAAUGGAGGGACCGUCAGACUUCCCUAUCUGAAGCCAACAGACAUGCUGAAGUAUUUGCUGUCCAACGAACCGUGGAUACUUUUAGGAGGGCUGGAACCUGGCCAAGAAGCGGAGGACAUGCUGGCUACAUUUUGGAGGCUCUACAAGUCGGAGCAUAGCACUCAUGCAGUGUACAAAAUGGCCGAGGAAAAUCGGCUCUCAUUAUCUCAGACCAUCCCUGUGUUUCUUCACGGCGAUGGAGGUCGUACCCAAAAGAAGGCGCCACUGGAAGUUGUCAGUUUUCGACCAGCUUUAGGAUUGGAUACAGAAAUAAACAAUUUUGGAUGCACCUGCAACCCUUCAACAGUCUAUUGUGGUGAUUGCAAGUUGGAUCCGCUCGCACAAAGGUUGAACAAUCGAAAUCACUCAUACCUCACCCACUUUUUGAUUUUUGCCUUCCCUUCGAAGAAGUUCAAAUCGACUCCUGGCCUUUUCAAGUCCAUGUUGGACGCGGCAUCCAUGGACCUGAGAGCUGCUUGCUGUGAUGGAAUUUCAGUGGGCAACAGUCUGUACCACGUGGCAGUUUUGGGGAUGGCCGGGGACAUGGAGUACCACACCAAGUCUGGAACACUGAACAGGUCUUACCAGAAUGUUGGCUCCCGAAAUUUCCUCAGGUGCUGUGCAGAGUGUUGGGCUGGCGACAUUCGAUAUCCAUUCGAGGAUGUAUCAACAUGUCCCGCAUGGCUCUCAACUCUAUACAACAGCCCUCCUUGGACACAGACUCCACCAUUCAAGCACAUACCGUUUGAAGACUGGAACACGGGGGCUGCUGGGAGGUUUUUCAAGAAGGACCCAAUGCACAUCUUCAGACUGGGGAUUGCAAGGAAUUUCAUUGGCUCCACUAUAGUACUGUUCUGUUUGGAAGGGGUGUGGGAUUCUCCUGGAGAUUCGUUAGCGAUAGACAAUAGGUUGAUUCGUGCAUGGAGCUCCUUUGCCCUUUGGUGCGAUGCCAACAAUGUGACCUGUGGGGCUAUCAGGUCAUUCAGCAAGGCGGCGUUACACAUGCCCAGACUUGGAGUCUUCCCCUUCAUUGGAGGGAAAGCCAGUGACAGCAUUUACCUCUUAAAGUGGCUGAAGUUUGUGAGUGGUCUUGAAGGUGUUGCAAACCCAACUUCGACUUUAUUUCCAUUAGUUCUGAAGGCUGCAGUGCAAGGAUUGAAUUUCCAGUGCAUACACCGCCACGGACUGUGGCUACCAGUUGGCUGCAGGGACCGCAUCAUUCGAUAUGCACGAGACUUUGUUCAGUCUUAUGCCUGGUUGGCUCAAUACGCAUACCAGCGAAACUUGCAGCUAUACGGCAUGGUACCGAAACUGCACGCGAUGCAUCACUUUCCUGUUCAAUUGGGGCUUCAACAUGGCAACUCCUUUUGUGCCAACCCAGCCCUGUUUGACUGUUCUUCUUCGGAGGACUUCGUAGGGCGCAUCUCCAGACAAUCACGGAGAGUGUCAAAUGUAAACGUGGUUGAGAACACCAUCUUAGCAUACCGUGUGAAAUCAAAAAUGAUCAUCAAACGAUUCAAAAGAAAGAAGCAAUAG